UUCACUACAUAGAAUAUCUCGUUCUUUUUAUCCUCCACGUUUUCGGAGGUUGUAUGCUCUAGGAUUAUCCUCGUGGGCAUUUGAUUAUUAAUUAGUAAUCUUUGAUAUAUUUGCCAAUUAAAAUGGUUCAAAAAAAGCCAAAGAAGAGAGUAGGAAAAAAGGUUGCAGCAGCACCUUUGGCUGUCAAGAAAGUUGAACAAAAAAAGCAGACAAAUCCUCUUUUUGAAAAACGUACACGUAAUUUUGGAAUUGGUCAAGAUAUCCAACCAGAACGUGAUCUCAGCAGAUUUGUUAGAUGGCCAGCAUACAUUCGUAUUCAACGCCAAAGGGCUGUACUCCAGAAGAGGUUGAAGGUACCACCACCAAUCAAUCAAUUCACCCAAACACUCGACAAACAAACUGCAACCCAGUUGUUUAAAAUCUUGGACAAAUACAGACCAGAAUCUGCUGAUGCCAAGAAGAAGAGAUUGAAGCUCAGAGCUGAAGCUAAAGUUGCAAAAAAAGAAGAUACACCAACAAAACGACCAAAUGUUGUUCGUAGUGGCACCAACACAGUCACAACAUUGGUUGAACAAAAGAAAGCUCAACUCGUUAUCAUUGCUCAUGAUGUUGAUCCAAUUGAGGUUGUUCUUUUCCUCCCAGCUCUUUGUCGUAAAAUGGGUGUACCAUACUGUAUUGUCAAAGGCAAAGCUCGUUUAGGACGUCUUGUUAGACGCAAGACCUGCACAACUGUUGCUCUUACACAGGUUGACUCAGCUGAUCGUGCCAACUUCUCAAAGGUUGUUGAAGCCAUCAAAACCAACUUCAAUGAUAGACACGAUGAAAUCAGACGUCACUGGGGUGGUGGUCUUCUUGGUAGCAAGUCAGCUGCUCGUAUUUCUAAAUUGGAAAAAGCAAAGGCUAAAGAACUUGCCCAAAAACAAGGUUAAGUCUUUUAAUGUACAACAACAAAAAAACAACAAAUAAAUAAAAACAAAAAAAAAAUUAUAAUUAUAAUUAUUAUUAUUA